GGAGGGAAGAAAGCUACCAUGGGAUGAAGAGAAUAAAGAGAGGCAGAGAGAGUGUUAUGGGGCACCAAGGGAAAAGAGGGGUAGCUGGGAGAUGGGUGAGGUGCAGAGAGAAAAGUAGCGGAGAGAUGGGGUGCAAAGUGAAAAAGAGGAAGGUGAGAUGGGUGCACUGCAGAGAGAAAUGGGUGGAAGAUGGAGAUGUACUGAGAAAAGUGGGGAGACAGGAUGCAGAGUGAAAAGGGAGGUAGGAAAGAGAUAGAAUGCAGAGAGGAAUGGGGGUAGGAGAAAAAUGGGAGUGCAAGCAGACUGAGCCAGAGGCGGCGCACGGGGGAGCAGAGUGGGGAGGGGGAAGGAGUUGCUGAGAGCUGGGGAGCAGGCAGAGAGCACCCGACAGCCUCGACGAGAGAAGAGGAGCAUGAACCCGAUGCCCUCCCUUCCCUGUCUUCUAAACAGACGGUUUUUCCAUCAAAGGACGCAGAGGCCGCGCCAUCCAUUGGUCUAGGUUUUCCCGCCCUUUCCUCAACGACCUUCAGAGAAGAAAGAAGCAACUAAGUUUCUUGGAAGAUAAUAAUGCUUUUGUGGUGGAACUUUUCUGCAUGUAAUUAUGGAAGAUUUUUAUCACAAGACUCUUGAAAAUGCAGCAGUUGCUGAAUUAACUGCAGACUUAUCAACAGAAACAGUGCCAUGGGACAGCAUUGGCGUCAGCAGCCAGAACAUCAUCCUGAGUGCAGGCCAGUGGUCUGAGGAACAUGUUCUAAAGUACACAUUCAAGGCCUGUGAUCCAGAACAAACAGGAGAGGUAUCUGUUUUCCGAAUAAUUGAGUACUUACAGGAGAUGACAGGGCAAAACUGUGAAGACUGGAGGUUUCAGUCUCUCUAUAAGAGACUAGAUCCAGAAGAGAGAGGGAUUGCUGUUGAUUUUUCAACCUUCCAUGCAGUCAUGAAGGAAUGGAUCACAGACUGUCGACAGGAUGGAGAAGAGGCCACAGACUUGGUGAACAGCAUUGAAGACCUGCAGCAUGGCAACAAGCAGCUGGCCGUGCAGAACAUCAAGUUGCAAAGGACUAUUGAGGCUGCAGAGGAGCUAAAUUCAAGACUUUCUGAGGAGAUCUCUGAACUGAAAGGGAAACUGAGAGGCACUCAGCAAGCCCUCGAGCAAGCUAGGGUCAUGGCAAAUGAACUGGAGGAUCUGAAGCUUUUUUCAAAAUGUCUGGAAGAGGAGAAUAGUAAAUUUCACACACAAGCCAGACAGCUGGAAAAAGAGCAGCAGUUCCUCUCUGUUCAAGUGGAUAACCUGCAGGAGGAGAACAAGAAGUUGCUUCUGGAAAAAGAAGGCUCUAGAUGUAAAAUCAAAGAGCUACUUUCUGAGAAGGCCAAAAUGAAGUUCCAACUUUGUGAUUACGAAAAUCUUAUCUCCUGCAAAGACACCACACUUAAUGAGAAAAUGAAACGAGUUGAAGAGUUGACAGUGACCCUGGAUGAGUACCAAAUGGUAGUACAGGAGCUGAAACUGGAAAUCAAAAGGCUUCAAGACCAGCUGUGCCAGUCUUAUAAAGACCUAGAAAUCUGUCUUUUAAAAUGUAGGCUGCCGAGAGAUUCCCUUGAAACUGUGACUGCCUACUUACAGGCCUCUGCACAGCCACUCUGCAUGGAGAUUGAAGAAACACAGAAAGAAUUCAGUGAAGAAGCUGGUCUGCCUAGCCCUUUGUGUGGGAUGUUUCCAUCUUUGCUGACAUCUCCAGGGGAGUUCAGAACUUUGGAAAAGGAAUGGGCUGCCUGUGCCAACUCUCCAGAUAUCACAGCAUUCAUCUCAACAAAAUCCAAUCCUGAAACAGCCCCACAGGAACAGGCUUUAGUCCCAGUGCAUGGAGAGCUAAUUCCAACUGGCGGGAAGGAGUCUCAUCACAACUGGUUUGAAAUCCUAAUUCAGAGGUUCCUUGCUUUCCCCUUUGGCUGCCUGUUGCUGCACAUCCUGCAGAAGCUGCUUCCAGGGCUCCUGGUAAUAUGUGCUUUACUGCUGGCACUAUUCUACGUCAGUCUACCCUACAACCAGCAUCCUAUCUGGAUUGAACCCAAAGGAAUCUCGUGGCCUCAUUUGCAGUUACGGUACCUAGAGCCACCGCCUAUUUAAGCUCACACCCUUUCCCAGUUUGUGUAGAAGAAAGCAAGUCAUCUGGGAGGACCAAACACAAAAUAAAAUGAAUUGCAAGGCUCAGGUGGAGACAAGAUUCACAGAGCUUUCAGGUAUCUUGCUGCUUCUGCCUAAAAUUCCUUGUAAUGGUAGGGGAUUUCCUAAUAUUCUGGAGUGUAAGUGCCUUAUGAAAAAUAGAUAUUUGGGAGUACUGCUACUAUAGCAUCUUUAAGAAAACCACCUCUGCCUGAUAAAAAGGAAAGCAAGAACAGGCCACCCUCCUUUCACAUAAUCCAAAAAAACCCCACAGAGUAGCUGUGUUUCUACAGAGAUGGAGGAUGGUCUCCAGAACAGUCACACUAAAAUUAAGCACUGCAACUGAAUACAAUCCAUUUUUAGAAUGAUACAAGAGACAUGGCUGACCAUAGUUGGUGACAAUGCAGACACAGAAUCUUGUAGAAUGUACCCUAUGGAACAUUUGACUUAAUCUGCGGUGAGGUGGUGGUGGAAGUUGUGAUUCUAGCUACUAUGCAGGCACAUAAUUUUGAAUCUGGGGUGAGGAACAAGAUUCUAGCUCUUCUAGUUACAAGGAUAGGAUUCAUAGGAGUAUUUGUAAAAGGUUCAUGGUUGUAUUCCUUGUGUUCACUGUUCACCUGUCCCUCUCUCCUUUGACCUCCAGUCAUACAUACUCCACUAUCACUCUACUAUCCUUCCCUAGAGUGGUUCUUCUGAGUAUUAAGAUUUGUUUUAUGCCAGUCUACAAGUUAUACAGCAUACACAUAGUUUUCCAGCCUGCAUUUACCAGAUAUGAGAAAUCUGUGUGAGGGAGGGAAUACUCAACUCUCCCCUAGCCUGCUGCAUGGCCCCUUGCGCUGGUUGCUUUCCCCGCAGCUAAGCUCUGGGCACUCCUUUAAGGGAGAAUAUAUUUAGAACAGUAAGCUAUAAUAUAUAAUGUAUGCAUAAAUAUAUAUUAAUACUGUACACCCAAA